UUCCACCUUAACAAAAUCAACAACAUAGAUAACGCGUCCCGUUUUGUUCACUCUCCGCGGCUCCGCUCCGCAAGCGAGCAACCAUGGCGAAAUCUCUCCUCCUCUACGGCGCCGACCUCUUUCAGUCCCACCUCAUCGUCAAGAUCUUCGUCCUUUUCUUCACCGCUCUCGUCUCAUUCUACCUCGGAAUGAACUGGAACGAUGUCUCCCCCCAGCUCGUGUUUUUCUCCCGAGGCGGAGGCGGCGGCGAAGACACCGGCGGCCUCUCCGCCCCCUCCGUGUCCCUGUCCCCCAACUCCAAAAUCACAUUUGACUCCAAUUCCGUCGUUACCGACGCUACGCCGCCGAUUGCUGCGCCGCCCCCGCCCCUCGAUCUGACCUCCCCGCCGCCGACAAAGCAGGGGGUCGGAAUCGUCGAUGGAAACGGCACGAUGAGGGUAGAUUUCGACGAGGGGGAGGUGGAUCCGUCGGACGGGUGGGACGAGGGUAAUGCUGGGGUUAAUGAGACGGCCGCGGAAGGAGGAAAAGAGGGGGAUAAGAGUAUUAGGGUGAAGAUCGACAAGUUCAAGGCUUGUCCGAAGAAUAUGAGUGAGUACAUACCGUGCAUGGACAACGAGGAGGCCAUUAGGGAGCUUAAGUCGACGGAACGGGGGGAGAGAUUCGAGCGGCAUUGCCCGCAGGAGGGCAAGGGAUUGGAUUGCUUAGUUCCGGCACCAGAGGAUUACAAGAAACCUAUUCCCUGGCCCCAAAGCAGAGACGAGGUAUGGUUUAGCAAUGUGCCCCACACACGGCUGGUUGAAGAUAAAGGAGGACAAAAUUGGAUAUCUAGGGAGAAAGAUAAGUUCAAAUUUCCAGGUGGUGGGACUCAAUUUAUCCAUGGAGCAAAUGAGUACCUAGAUCAAAUUUCCCAGAUGGUUCCAGAAAUUGCAUUUGGUAAUCGUACAAGAGUUGCUCUUGAUGUUGGAUGUGGUGUAGCUAGCUUUGGUGCUUUUUUACUUUCACGGAGCGUGAUCACCAUGUCAAUAGCUCCAAAAGAUGUCCAUGAAAAUCAGAUUCAGUUUGCUCUUGAACGUGGUGUACCUGCAAUGGUAGUAGCUUUUGCAACUCAUCGCUUGCCAUAUCCAAGCCAGGCAUUUGAUCUAAUUCAUUGUUCAAGAUGCAGAAUAAACUGGACCCGUGAUGAUGGGAUUCUGCUUCUUGAGGUCAACAGAUUGCUCAGAGCUGGUGGUUACUUUGUUUGGGCAGCACAACCUGUUUAUAAGCAUGAGGAAGCCCAACAAGCGGCAUGGAAAGGUAUGUCCUAAUGCUAUAGUUGAGUGUCAAUUUUUUUUCAUGU